UCUGGGGGCAGCUGGGCGCUCCUCCAUUCCUCCAGGAGACUGUGCUGGACUGGCCCUGCCACCCCCAGCCCAAGAGGGAGGUUGACCAGAACUCUGGGGACCGCCUGCCUGGGAAGCAGGAGGAAGACGAAGGGUCGCGCCCCUCCUCCGCCUGGGAAGCCGGCCACCCCGAACGCGCACGGUGGACAGACACUUCGCCGAGACGUGUCGCCCGGCCCUCCACAGAGCCUGCUGCACAUGGAGAGCCUGGAGAACAGCUCGGUGGCCGUCACCGUGGUUCUGCCCAGCGGGCUGGAGAAGAAGAGCGUGGUCAGCGGCAGCCAUGCAAUGAUGGACCUGCUGGUUGAACUUUGCCUUCAGAACCACCUGAAUCCAUCCCACCAUGCCCUGGAGAUCCGGUCUUCGGAAACCCAACAGCCUUUGAGUUUUAAGCCAAACACUUUAGUUGGGACCCUGAAUGUGCACACUGUGUUUCUCAAAGAGAAAGUUCCCGAAGAGAAGGUUAAGCCUGGCCCACCUAAAGCACCUGAGAAAUCCGUGCGCUUGGUAGUGAAUUACCUGCGAACGCAAAAGGCCGUGGUGCGUGUGAGCCCCGAGGUGCCGCUCCAGAACAUUCUCCCGGUCAUCUGUGCAAAGUGUGAGGUCAGCCCAGAGCACGUGGUCCUCCUCAGGGACAACAUCGCCGGGGAGGAGCUGGAGCUGUCCAAGUCCCUCAACGAGCUGGGGAUCAAGGAACUCUACGCGUGGGACAAUAAACGAGUUCUUCUGACCAAAACUCAGUCGGAGCCUUCCCUGAGCUGUCAAGAAACCUUUAGAAAAUCAUCGCUUGGCAACGAUGAGACAGAUAAAGAGAAGAAAAAAUUUCUGGGAUUUUUCAAAGUUAAUAAAAGAAGCAGUAGUAAGGCGGAGCAGAUCGGGCGGUGCGGGCUGGACGGCGAUGGGGACCCGUCACGGUCGGCUUUGGGAAGGGGCUCGAAUGGCUGCCUGACCACGCCCAACUCCCCGGCGGUGAAUCCGCGUUCCAUGACGUUGGGUCCAUCCCUGUCACUUGGCAACAUCUCAGGGGUGUCUGUGAAGUCGGACAUGAAGAAGCGUCGGGCCCCUCCGCCCCCGACGCUGCCCGGCCUGGGGCCACCAGUGCAGGACAAGGCCUCGGAAAAGGUAUCUCUGGGGUCACAGAUUGACUUGGAGAAGAAGAAGAGGCGGGCGCCCGCGCCCCCUCCGCCGCAGCCCCCGCCGCCAAGCCCCCUGGUGCCCCCUCGCACUCAGGACCAGGAGGAGAACAGGAAGAGCGCCACGGGUGUUGGACGACGGCAGGUGCCACAAAAGCCUCCCAGAGGCACUGCUCGGGGGCCCCCCCAGUUAGUGCUCCCCCCACCCCCGCCCUACCCUCCUCCUGACACAGACGUGGCAGAGCCUCUCGGCUUUCCUGGGGAAAGUGCUGGUUCCGAGGCCCCCGACCCGAGACCCACACUGAGCCUGCCCCUGGGGCCCGGCAGUCCCCGUGGCACGGACGGGGCCCCACCGGUGCCGUCCGAGGCCGAGGAGACCGUGUCUCUCGGCAGCUGUUUUGCCUCCGAGGACACAACCGAAGACUCAGGAGUGGUGAGCUCCCCGUCAGACAUCGUGUCCCUGGAUUCCCAGCACGACAGCGUGAAAUCCAAAGAUAAGUGGGCCACGGACCAGGAAGACGGCAGCGACCAGGACCUGGCUGGGACCCCAGAACUGGGUCCCCGGAAGAGCCCCACGCGGGAGAGGAACAGCUCUGGGCAACGGCACUCGAGACCUGAGGAAGCUGCCACAGCCUGCAGAGGGGACGAAGACCUCUUUAUCACCGGGCAGUUCCAGAAAACCCUGGAGGAACUUGACGGGGACCUGGAAGAACUGGAAGACGGCUAUGCAGCCAGCACCGGCUCGGUGAAUGGCGUGUCUGGACGCCGCGUGUCCGAUGCCACGGUCCCCAACAGCGAUGAGGACGCGAUCCCAGUAACGUUCAUAGGGGAGGUCCUAGACGACCCUGUGGAUUCGGGGUUGUUUUCCAACAGAAACAACAAUGCUGGUUCUUUUGACCCGGGGAGCCUGGCCGGCCGGGGAGGCCACCUGUUGCAAAGUCAGGCGGAGAACAGCCAGCAGCGGGAGACGAGGGCAGACGUGCCCGACUCGGCAGCUCCUCCCCACGGCCUUGGGAAGCAAGUCAAACCCGCCUCGUCCGACCCCUGUGAAGAUGGGGGUCCGAACAAAAUGGAGCCCAAGGCGACUGCUGCAGACUUUCCCACGCACAACCCGAAUGCAGAGGACGGCGGUGAGGGGCCCGGCUCUGCCCUCAGUGGGCAGACACAGGCCAGCAAGAGCGCGAGUUCAUCACAGCCAGCGAGGGCAAAGGAAGGCGAGGAUAAGCACGGUGGCUCCGCACCGCCAUCGUGGUAUCGACGGGGCCAAAACCCAGGGUGCAGUUACGGACUGAAAUACGGCCUCACGACGUACAAAAUCGUCCCUCCGAAAUCGGAGAUGAGAUGUUACGACAGAGGAGUAUCGCUGUCAACAGGGGCCAUUAAGAUCGACGAGCUAGGGAAUCUGGUGAGUCCCCACGCGAACGGGGGCAGGACCGUAGCCCCGUCGUCGCCCGCUCUCGACGCGGAAACCCAAUCCCUUGGAAGGGUCAAGGAAUUCUGGAGGUCCGGCUCUCUGGAGAAGCACUCUGGCCAGCCCCCGGAGUGCUCAACCAACAGGACCCCCGCUCCCACCACACCAGCGAGGCCACAGCAGCAGGAAAGUGGACUCAGGGCAGAGCCCACUGUCCCGGACCCCAAAGCGACGCCGCCCCCGCAGCAGUCUGCCCACCGAGAAGCAGGGCGACACGUGGAGGAGGGGAGAGACCGGCCACCCGUGGCGGCCACUCGUCACGUGAAAGUGCCAGCAGCCAAUGCCUCAGAGGUCCUGUUCCUCAAGCCCCAGAGAAGAACGUCCAGUCAGUACGUGGCCUCUGCCAUUGCCAAGCGGAUGGGGCCCCAGAAAGCCCAGGCCGAGGAGACCCGUGAAGGCAGAGCCCCAGAGCUGGCCGGACGGCCUCCCGCUGGGAGAGAUGGCUCAGCCCCCAGCCCGCUCCCAGAGACCCGCAUCCGUGCCGACCGGGAGGCGUCGGCGGUAGGAGCCCAGCCCAGGGGGCUGGUCAGCAGCCCUGAUGGAAAGUCGUCUGCUCAAGACAGCCCGGCGGCCAUCCGCAGAAGUCCUUGUGUCCCGCCUGUCACGGCCGCCCAGAGGGGUCACGUGUCUAUGGGACAGAGCUCUAGUUUCAGCGGAAAGCAGAGCCUAGGCGACCACAGGGCCAGCUCAGCAUCCGUCCCCAGACGCACUCUGGACAGUACAGAUCCCCCGCCCGCCCGCUCAGGAGACGAUCAGACUCCAGACAGGACCCUGGUGAAUGGCUCCAGGUGGGUCCCCAUC